CUCCAUGAGUGUCACGUUGGGAAUGCAUGGAAUGGGAGUUUUCGUCAGGGUAAAGCCGCGACAAACAAAUAGCUCAAGCAUUUUCAAAUUUCAGAGGAGGCUGGCUACCGUGGCAAAGUACAAGACUUUAGUUGAUGACUCUUUAGUCGGACUGGCAACUUUUAGAAAACAUCCUGGCAUCAUACGAUCUAAAUCAGUCAGACUUCCGGAUGCAUUGCUGCAGAAUGUGAUCAGAUACCUAGUCGACAAGCCAGUGAAGCAGCUUCAACCGAAUGCAGCUGCAAUGGCCAGGUACCUCUUGGGACGUCAGCGACCGCUUGAACGAGCUGAUCUCCGAGCAAAGGCAAAGGAAUUUGCAUCAAUUCAAGGGGUUAAUGAUAUUGAUGACGAAAUGAUUAGGAGUCCCGACUUAUCCAAGGAAAACAAAAAGAAAAUUGCAUCUGUGAUGAGUAAACUGAAGAGACACAUCUAUCACUGGCAUCCUAUCACCUAUAAUGAAACCACUUCAUGUGCAUAUAUGAUGUCAAGGAUUGCCCCAAACUAUGCAGUGACCUACAGAGUUCUAAACGAGAUCAGGAAAAGGAUGGCAGAUUUUACACCUGAAAACCUGCUGGAUUUUGGUUCUGGUGUCGGAACGACAGCCUGGGCUGCUCAUUCACUGUGGGGUGACUCACUCAGUGAAUUCUUCUGUGUGGAUACGUCAAGAUCUAUGCAUGAAUUAUCUGAUACACUCAUGAGAGAUAAUAGUACAGAAGAGGAAGAGGAGGCUGGGAACAAGACUAUCAUCAAGGGAAUCUACCUCAGACAUUUCCUUCCAGUCUCACUUCAGAAAAAGUACGACUUGACGGUCAGCUCCUUCUCUCUGCUUGAGUUACCAAGUAAGGCGGACCGUUUAAACACACUGAGAACUCUAUGGCAUAAAACAGGGCAAUAUUUAGUCCUGAUUGAGUGUGGUACAAACGAAGGAUAUCAAACUAUCAUGGAGGCCCGAGACUUUAUUUUGAACGAUCUGAAGGAGGAAGUAGAGAGGAAUUCACAAGGACAAGCUGUCGGAAGAUUGAGGAACAGAGAAGAGCUUGGAGAAGAGGCUGAUCCUGUGGAUGCUGUUGGUCAUGUCUUUGCUCCGUGCCAACACGAUCUUGCCUGCCCUAGAGUCACUGAUGGUUCUGGCACACCGUGUAAUUUUGAGCAGGAUUUCCAUCACUUCAAUAAAAAAGGGUUGGUGUCAGAGUUGACAUCGGAACGAUUUUGCUACUUGGUGCUAAAAAAAGGUCCAAGAGUGCCAGGUGAUAAUGACAACCAUUGGCCUAGGAUAGUCAGACCUGUUCUAGCUCGAUCUCGUCACGUCAUUUGCAGACUGUGCUGUGCUAACGGUCAACUACAAGAAACGGUCAUCACUAAGACCAAACAUGGAAGAGAGCUGUAUCGAUGUGCAAGAUAUUCAAAAUGGGGAGAUCUUCUUCCGAUAUCGAAACAAUCCGAGCCAAAGUCUCUUGAAGCAGCGCGUGAAGACCACGACAAUUCUCAAACAGACGAAUGUCCUUGAUGAUUUUUCUGCAGUAAUUUGUUUCUUUAUAUGAUGAGGAUCGCGUUUUAGAAAAGUCUGAACUGGGAAGGACAAAUCUGUCAAAUGGAAAGUGUGCACAAGCUUUUAAAGGAAACUGUAGUAUUUACAUGUACUGUUUUGUAAAUACCAUCAGUACACACUACUGUAUUUUGGGGAUGUACAUGUAUAUGGAUAUGGAAAAUGUCAUUUUUUGCCAUAAAUGAUGAUGUUUUUAAGAAACUGCAUAAAUCACUCUGAGCCAAGGAGAGCUUCUAGAGGCUACUUUAUACACUCAUCUCUACAUAUUGUAUAUUAACUAAUUUGAGAUACUUGUGAUUAACCUAAGGGGCACUUUUGAUUCACGGUCAAUACCUUCCCUGUAGAAGGAAAAACAACAGUUUAAAAAAACCUUGGUCCUUGGGUGGCACCUCACCCCGUCCCGCCCUCGGCUAUACUGCUGCUUUUUUUGUGUUUUUUUUAAGAAAGUGUUGUUUAGUUGUAAGGAUAUACAGAAAUUUCACAACCUCCUUAAAGCAAUAUCA